AUGCCGGCGAUAACUAAAGCGGAAGAUGCGGAACUCUAUGCGCUGCUUUCUAGAGAUGGAGGGCGGGCCCAACGGCUUGCGACAGAGCAUGGUGCACGGACAUAUUACACAACGGUCAGUGAACUCCUGUCAGACGAAGCGUUGGACGCAAUUUAUGUUUCAACGCCUGUAUAUCUUCACUGUGAACAGGUCAUCAAAGCCGCGGAACGCGGUUUCCAUGUCCUUUGUGAUAAACCGAUGGCGAUGAAUACGGAGGAGUGCCAACGGAUGAUUGAUGCUUGCCAAGCGAACGGUGUGCAUCUGCAAAUCUGCUUCCUGUUUCGCUUUCACUCCUGUUUUCAGGGGAUAAAGAACUGGGUAGCGGAAGGACGUUUGGGAGGAAUUGUCCAAGGGCGGGUGCCGUUUCUUAAACCUUUUCCGAUCCCGCCGGGGGCGUGGCGUGGCAACCCGAAUCAGGGCGGCGGUGGUUCACUGAUGGAUCUCGGGGCACACGGAGUAGAUCUCUUACGUUAUAUCCUUGGAGAGGUGGGUCAGGUCAGCGCAUUCUGCAACACUGUUUUCCAUGGAUACGAUGUUGAAGAGACUGGGAUGAUCAUGAUGCGUUUUGAGAAUGGGGCUCAGGGGUUCGUUGACACCAGUUUCGCUGCUGCGGGGUGCGAUCUUGUCAUCGAAAUAUACGGCACCGAUGGGUGGGUGUGGGUCUAUAAUGAUGAUGGUUGGAAGAUUAAGCUCUCUUCCAACGGCGAGUCUCAAAUCGUCGACUCCCACUUUGAAGACCUAUACCAAAGCCAAAUUUGA